AUGGCGGAUCAGAUUCCACAGACAAUGUUUGCUUGGCGCAAGCAUCGGGGCAACCCGGAGCCGGUAUGGGAAGAGGUUCCAGUUCCGGAAGUAACACCCACGGGCGUCUUGUGCAAGAUGAUUGCAAGCGGCGAGACCCAGCCGGCCUGGUUCAAAGACAAAUGGACACUGGCCGGGCCCGAGGUAAAGGGCUUCAAGGUGGGCGAUGUUGUAGCCAUGUUCGCCACCCCAGGCUGCGGUGCUUCUGAUUGCCCCGAGUGCAGCCGCGAGCUAUUUCAAAUCUGCGAACGCUGUCACCAUUCGGGGAUUGGUGAAGACGGCUUCUACGCUCCGUAUGCGGCCAUUGAUCAGCGUGGCCUGGCCAUCGUCCCAGAAGGUGUCACGCCCUCCGAGGCUGCCGUAGCCUGCGACGCCGUCACCACGGCAUACCAUGCAGUCAAGCGUAGGGCCAAGGUCAAGGCCUCGGACACAGUCUUCCUCUUUGGUCUGGGCGGGCUCGGGUUCAACGCGCUCCAAAUCAUCCACGGCAUCGGCGCGAGGGUCAUUGUUUCUGAUGUCCGGGACGAGAUGCUGGACGAGGCAGAGGCCCUAGGCAUUCCCCGGUCGGACAUUGUGCCCGUGGGCAAGUCCCCACCGGUCUGGAUCGAAGAGAACGGCCUCUACGGGAAAGUCGACAUUGUCCUCGACUUUGUCGGGCGACACCAGACCUUUGAAGACGCGCAACACAUUGUUCGCCGCGCUGGAAAGAUUGUCAACGUCGGAAGCAUGGACCAACAAAACACGGUGCACAUGAAGAUUGGCACGAGGAAGCGGUUGACCUUCAAAUUUUCCUACGGAGGCCAGGUCUCAGAUCUAGAAGAGGUGCUCCAGCUCAUUGCAAAGGGAACACUCAAGCCCGUAGUCGGGCCGGGCAAACUAGAAGACUUUCCCACCACCCUCAAGGAUCUCGUAGCGGGAAAGAUCAAGGGCCGCGUGGCGCUUUUGCAAGAGUAG